CAGAAGAAGACGCCGUUCACUGACUUUGACUUUGGGCUUUCGGUCCUCCUUGCUUGUUGUGAUCAAGAUGUUGAACUUCUGGACCGCUUUGAGGCGUCAAGUGACUGCGUGCGCCACCUACUGUACUGGCGCUCAGCCUCAGGUGAAGGCAAAGAAGACCACGUUCGGUCCUCUGAGCGACAAAGAUCGAAUCUUCACUAACUUAUACGGCCGACACGACUGGAGGCUGAAAGGGGCUCUGAGGCGAGGGAACUGGUACAAGACCAAGGAGAUCCUCCUCAAGGGACACAACUGGCUCAUCAACGAGGUCAAGAUGUCCGGCCUGAGGGGCCGAGGAGGGGCUGGCUUCCCCAGCGGCAUGAAGUGGAGCUUCAUGAACAAACCUGGUGAUGGCAGUUGCUCCUCAGGGGUAGACUGGAUGAACGCAAUGAUGUGGAGAUUUGUAAGAGGAGAGGCAGCAAUUUCUGAGAUCGACAUGAUUUGGGAGCUGAGCAAACAGAUAGAAGGACAUACCAUCUGUGCUCUAGGGGAUGGAGCUGCUUGGCCCGUGCAGGGACUGAUACGCCAUUUCCGUCCAGACAUGGAGGCUCGCAUCGCUCAGUAUAACAAAAACACUCCAAGGCAGACAGACAUCGAGAUCAUCUGAAAUCAAAUACAGUGAUAGCUUCGGAGUUGAUGGAAGUUUGGUUUAGUUCAUGUCUUUCAUUUUUUUUUUUUAAAGUUUAGUUUAUGGAAGCAGACAAAGUCAAAAUCAUCAAUACAAAAUCGGCGCACUCGCAAGAAGGUGCUGUAGGCCACAACUCCCGCGCAGACGCUCAUCACUCACCAGGUCACGCCCUUAAAAGCACACAUUCAUCAUACAAGUACGACAGUAUGUAGCGUAAUUACACCAUAUAAAACUAGUUUUUCUUUUCCUUCUAUUUUAGGUUUUUACACAGUACAGUGCUAUUUCUCUUCAUUAAAUACAUAACUUUUUUUGAGGGGCUGGACCAGAUUAAUGGUAUAAAAUUCAUUUCAAAGGGUAAAAUUGAUUUGAUAUAGAGUAAAUUAAGUUACAAGCUUGGUCAAGACACAAAUGAAACUUCAAUACAAAAAUAAAUGAGUACUUCAAUCCUAUAUAGAUUGAUUGAGGCUUGGUUUGUUA